GGUUCAGGGAGGGGCGGGGUCAGUUCAGUGGGCGGGGCCGGUGCAAUGGGAUAAAUGCCCCUGAGCUCCCAGCCCCACCGCUCCUAGCCCGGUCCGACCCGGCCAUGCCGAUCCGCUUCGCCCCGCUGCGCCUCCCGCUGCGGCGCCGGCUGCAGACCGCCGCGGUCCUGCAAUGGGUCUUCUCCUUCCUGGCGCUGGCCCAGUGCUGCCUGGCCCUGUUCCUGCUGGCACUGCUGGGGGACCUCUGGCUGCCCGCCCUGCUCUACACCGCCUGGCUCUACCUGGACCGGGAGACCCCGUCCCGUGGGGGGCGCCGCUCGUCCUGGGUCCGCAACUGGGCCGUCUGGAGGCACUUCCGAGAUUACUUCCCCAUCACGCUGGUGAAGACGGCACCCCUGGACCCCUCCCGCAACUACCUCUUCGGGUUCCACCCCCAUGGGGUGCUGGUGGCCGGCGCCUUUGGGAACUUCUGCACCGAGGCCACAGGGUUUGGGGAGCUGUUCCCGGGGCUCAAGCCCCACCUGCUCAUGCUGCCCUUCUGGUUCCGCCUGCCCCUCUUCCGCGACUACAUCAUGAGUGGGGGUUUGGUCUCCUCGGACAAGGCCAGUGUCUCUUACCUGCUGGGCCAGGAGGGCGGGGGGCAGGUGGCUGUGAUCGCUGUGGGGGGCCCCCCUGAGUCGUUGGAGGCCCGGCCCGGGGCACUGACCCUCCAGAUCCUCAGCCGCAAGGGGUUCAUCAAGGCAGCCCUUCAGCAUGGCGCUGCCCUGGUGCCAGUUUUCUCCUUCGGGGAGAACGAGCUGUUCCACCAGGUGCCGAACCCCCGGGGCUCGCUGGUGCGGGCCGGGCAGGAGCGGCUGCAGAAGCUCAUGGGGCUGGCACUGCCCCUCUUCCACGCCCGUGGGGUCUUUCAAUACAGCUUUGGGCUGCUACCCUUCCGCAGCCCCAUCCACACCGUGGUGGGGGCACCCAUCCUGGUGCCCCGGAUGCCCGUCCCGUCCCGUGAGGCCAUCGACCAGCUCCACGCCACCUACCUGGAGCGGCUCAUCACGCUUUUCGAGGAGAACAAGACCAAGUACGGGGUCCCCCCAGAGAAACACCUCAACCUCAUCUAGGGGCGCUGCCCCCCAGAGCCUGCCACAGCACGCCAGGACUCUGAUACGGCGG